GGUAGGAGCGUCCUUUUUCUUUUUUUCUUCUAUCUCACAGUAAACUUUCAUCCCCAUUUUCCUCUAUAUAUUCAAUAUAAUUCUCCCAUUUUUCUGUAGCCUUAAAUUGUGUGCCUUGGAGAUUCUCGGGUCACUGACACUCUCUUUGAAAAGCCUAAUGACAAGACCAAACCAUUCUUCAUCUUCUGAAGCUGAGAGUUGCAGCAAUGAUAACUCAAACGCUUCUCCUUCUUCUUCCUCUUCGGAAACUGGUAGCAAAGCUAGAAGACCCAGGGAAGAGGGAAAAUACCCAGUUUACAGGGGAGCCAGAAUGAGGAGUUGGGGCAAAUGGGUGUCUGAAAUUCGUGAACCCCGCAAGAAAUCUCGCAUUUGGCUCGGCACUUUCCCCACCGCAGAAAUGGCGGCCCGUGCUCACGACGUUGCUGCUUUGAUCAUCAAAGGUGAAGCCGCCAUCCUGAACUUUCCGGAUCUCGUGGACUCGCUUCCUCGUCCGGUUUCAUUACUGCCCCGUGACAUCCGAGCUGCCGCUGUUAAAGCUGCUUCAAUGGUCAACUCCAACACCCUCUCUUCUUCUUCUUCUUCUUCUUCUUCAUCGUCUUUGUUAUCUGAAUCUUCGUCCCCCUCAGAGUCCAAUGCCUCGGAAGAACCCGAGGAGCUGAGUGAAAUCGUUCAGUUACCCAACAUUGAUGGGAAUUUCGACUCGCGGACCGAGUUUAUACUCCUUGACUCGGUCGAUGGGUGGGCUUAUCCACCACUAGAUUUCCAUGGAGGAUUGUCUGAUCCGAUAUGGAAUACAGAGAAUUUAACGGCAGGCAGCUUUGGGACUAGUUCCCUUUGGGAAUAAUUCACCUACUUUUUUCCGCUGCUUUAUAAGGGUUACUGUAAAUCUGCAGGGGUGGAAUUAUUCGAUUUGUUUGUCUUUUCUUUGCU